UCAGCCUUCAUCUUUUAAAUAUCCUAAAACAGAGGCCAGACAGAGAUCAUUCUUGGAUGUUUCACUGUGAGAAGGCUGUCAUUAUGUGAAAGCGCUUUUGUAGUAAAUGGUCUCGCAGCCACCAAUCAGUACAGGGCACCCAAAGAAAUUCAAUUCAAUUCAAUUUCAUCUGUAUAGAACAUUUUCACAUUACGUUGUCUCAAAGUGUUUCUCAUUAUCCCUGCCCAUAGCCUCCAGUAAGCAAGCUAGAGGCAACAGUGGCAAGGAAAAGCUCCCUGGAAGGAAGAAACCUUGGGAGGAACCAGACUCAAAGGGGGAGCCCAUCCUCCAGGGGCUGACAGAAGACAUCAAAUUAACAAGAUGGCAAAAUCUUAAUUUGCACUGUCCAAAUUUUAUGAUUUGAGUCUCAAUGUGGGGGGGCAGGCAGGUGAUGGCAGGCAGGUGCUGGUGCUGCUUCUGAUGGCAGGAUGAACAGUGGUACAGCAGCAGGGUAGGAAGGAGAGACGUCACAGCGACAAAGGGCAGCCAGGCCAGGCGGGCGUCACAGGCAGAAAUGAUGAGAUGGGUCGAAUUGCAGCGAGGGGCGUUCCCGUAAAAACAGGAACGACCCUCAGCGUUUUCAUUGGUUCUUACGCCAUUACAUUUAACAUGAAUGUCAACACCAGGAAACAAAUUUAGCUGGGGGCUUCCUACUUCGCUUAUAUGUAUUAAAACCAUUUCCUCGUGAAAGAUAAUUAACAUAAACAGUUCCCAUUGGCCUACAAUGGCACGACUACUGCUUAACUUGGUUGAAUAGCGUUCACAUUAUACCACCACUACUACUGUUUAAUUUAACCUGGUCUUAACAUGUUUGUUUUAGACAGUGAUUAUGGUACACCUAGACCAGAGAUAUUCCUUCCUGGUGCUCAGGAUCCCCUGCCCUACACAUGCAUUUCCUACCUCAACAAAUUAUAAUUGUAGGAUCAGGUGUUUUGAGUAAGAAAUACCUUUGCAGGACAGGGGGUCGCGAGGACAGGGAUUAUGAACAAGUGAUCUGGACAUUUAAAAACCAGACAGGCUACUGCAGAGGUGCCCAGUCCUGCUUCUGGGGCACUGGAACUUGAUAAUCAGGUGUGACAGAUGAUGGUUGGUCCUAAAAUGUAAAAUACUCAGUACAUCCAUAAAACAAACACAACUGAUAACAAAGUGUACUGUAGUUGACAAACAAGGCUGCAUAUAUGAUAUGAUUAUACUGUAAAACAAGGAUAACUAAAUGUUCACAAGGUGUCCGCAGUGACAAACUGGUUGUUUUCGCACUUUAUUUAGACACUUUUAUUUAGACAUUCCCAGCACCUCCUGCAUGCACAGCACACAGGGAUUCACCUUUUCUCCCAAACUUCCAUAAUAAAUAAGUGCAUGUUUGACAUACAAUUAAAACAGAGCCAAACGGAGCCUGAAAUCCCUCAUCCUCUGAUCCACUCUCAAAGACGGACUCAGACAAAACAGAAUGGCGUGUUACUGCCUCAGCAGCUUCAUGAAAUUCCAUGGAAAGGAUCUGGGGGGCUGAACUUGUGCAAGGAAUUUAUCGCUAUUUCCGUCAAACCAGGGGUAGGCAGCAUGGACCCUCCUCAUGAUCCUCGAUUCCUUUUCUAAACGGAAAAGAAGAUAAAAUGGAGAAAUACACGGUGUGCAAAAAUCACUCCCAUGUGUUUAGAAUCGUGUUUACAUCGAGGAAAUUAUUCCUUAUGACCAUAAAUAUGUAGCGUGACAGAGCAUAGUGACAUGCCAGAGUCAGGCUGGCACAUCAGGCAUCAAGGCUGAAAACUUUCUCAUCAGGUCAGGUCAGGUCACUCCUUUCAGUGAAAUAUUUAUGAGCAGAGGUGCCAAGAUGAUAUUUGCUGGUUAAUUAUGAAAUUAAACUCAGAAAGCAGUAAUUAUACAGAGAAUCAUGAGAGAAUGAUGAGUGGUGAUUUGCUCUGUCCAACUGAGACGUCUUAAAAUCUGCCUCUGGGCUUCAGGGGAGACAUAACAGAAAUACCAUCAUUCUAAAGCUCAUCAUGAGCCCAGCAGGUGCACAAACUGACUCUCCAUGACCUGCGACAUGAUCCUUGAAUGUUACAUCUCUUCCAGAGAGACAGGAAAAUCUGUCUGCCGCCACUGCAACAUGUCGUUUCGUCUCCUAUGGUUUCUUGGGAGUAUUAAAAUAUUACCAAUAGUGACUGCAGAAUAUGGUAUUUGUAUAUAUAAUGUGAUUUUGCUACAGUAAGACAAUGAUUUGCUCUCUGGCCCAAAUAAUGGCUCAGUUCUCUUAGCCAAAUAAGGAGGUAUUAAGCUGGGUACAAACCGAGGCUGAAGAAUGAUCAGCUCCUAUUGGCUGCCGUUGGUUCCCAGAAACAAAAUUUGUGCUGGAACACACUGGCACGACUAGAGGUGAUGGGUGACAAACAGCCCAAUCAGAGAACUCAAUUUCACUGACUAGCUGCAAUGCCAAUUCAACAUGCUAAGUUGGCCAAAACAGAUCCAACAAGAACCAACUGUGUGCGACCAUGUGGGACCCUCCGACACAACAGGAAGUCAGCGGCUCUCACUGGCAGCCCUACGGCUUCCAUCGGCCAAAAAAUGGCUUGAGCCCACCUCCCUUCCACUGCCAUAAUGGAACAUUUUCAUUUUCAACCAUAAUGAAGAAGGUGAGUAUAUUCAAUAUAAAAUGUCUGCGUGUUCAGCACUAAAAUCAGUACUGAUUCAGGAAACUGUGAAACGUCGAUGACAUUGUGAUUCGCAGCACAGCUUCUGAUUGGCCGCUGCUCAGCAGCUCCAUCACCCGCUGACGGAGAGAAUCAUUCUCCCUGUAUCGUAAGACAUCUUUUAAAAAAAAGCCAAAGUUACAAAUUGAUUGAUCAGAUUUUUUCCCCAUAAUUUUCCUCUACGUGCUUGUUUCUUACAGCCUAAAUCUUGCACAUAUUCACUGUUGGCUGGUAUCCCUCUGCAUUUGCUUUCAUUAAGGGAAGAGAUGCAUUAAAUUUCAGCUCACAAGGCCAUUUGCGCUUUUGUUGUUAGACCUUUAGAAGCAGCGUGCCCUGGGCCAGUCUGUACUGUCCUUUCCUUGGAGACCUUGCUGUCACGCUUCUGUCCUUCAAAACAAUGCAAACAUGAGACCAGGUGACUGCCACACAUGACGCAUUCGCUAAGGCAACUUGUUUGGGUAAAAAGACGCCUGUGACCUCACAAUUUACAAUUUCAAAGCAUUUAUGGCUAACUACUUUCUUCAAGACAUUUAAGGAAAGAGGAGAGAGGCAUUCAGACUUUGUACCCUGGCUGAAAAUGCUCUUUUUAAUGGAGAACAAACUGCUGUGAUUACACAAAAGUGUGUCCUUUCCAUUCAGCCUACCUACAAACACUGCACAUUCAGAAUGCAUGUUUCCAGUUUUAGCAUCUAAUCCUUAAAGUUCACCUCUGAAUGCAUUUUAUACAGGCGUGCACAUUCUAAAUUAUGCACCAAUACUUUUCAGGCAGCAGCAUCUUCAAAGAAAAAAUUGUUAUGUAGAUUCCACAAAAGGAGAAGAAAAAAAAAAACAUUUUUCCCCCUCAGGAAAUACACUCUACUGUAUUCAACACACAAUUAUUUUUUCCACUUUGUAUGUAAAUGUUAUUGAAAUGGUUAUAGAAAGUAUAAUCUUCAGUUUUUCUUUUCUGUCACACAUUCUGGCUGGUAGUGGUCAAUUUGGAAAGUAAUGAAACUAAAAAUACUUAUUAUUAUUAACUGAAAAAGCACCUUUUCAGACCAGUCAUAAGCUUGUUUUAUGUUUGCUUUUGGCUAAACAACAGGAACAACAUAUGAAAUUGGGGAAAUGUGUCUUUAAUCUUUUAAAUACAAUUUUGCAUAAACGACCUACUUAUCUAGCUAUGUGAUUAAUUAUACAUUAUAAGCUAAUAUGACCAACGGCUGCAUUUUAGGCUCCCGACUCCCUUCCAGUCACUUUUAUUUGUUUUUUCUUAAGUAUAAUUUAAGGUUGUAUAAGGAAAUUAUAAGGGUAUUUUCAUAUAAUCAAAAUACUAUUGAAAAUAACAGGAAAUAGUAAAGGCGACUUCUUUAACAUUGAAAUUAUUACCAAAAUGUAAAAAUAUUGCAUUUGUACAGAUUCCUCUGUAGCUAUGCGUUAAAAUGUCGAUUUACAUUCAAAUGCUGCCUAUUAAAGUAACUGUUGCUUAAAACCUUCCAAAACCCUUAUGUCGUUGUUUUUACUCUAUCAUACUCUACAUGGGAUUUUACAAACAGAGCUACUUGAUGUACAAAAAUAUACAUUAAAAUAUAGGCAGGCUUAUUCUAUGAAUACAGUUGCGUCUAAAUCAUAAAUACUUAACAGAAUUGGAUCCCAGGGGAUUUCUUUCACAAAGCGUUCCGUCAAAACGAGAUGUGAACCAAACAGACAAGGGCUCUCCAGACAAUGCAGAUGUUUUAUACUUAGCUGCGUGUUUGCAGUAUGGUGGCCUCCGUCUCAGAUCAGCGUUGUGAGUAUAAAGGACUCGUGUACAGACGCUGUGAGGAGAAUAAGGAGCGACCGGUCCGGACCUGGCCGCAGGGUCCAGUCAGCACCGGGUUCAAACCCCAGAUGGCGAGCGCCGCACCGGGACUGCAAAGUUCAUCUCUUCGUUUUAUCCUUCGGCUGACUACGUUUAUAAUGAAUAUCUGACUUGACGAUAAACCGGAAAAUCAAGUGAUCGAGGUGGAUCAGCCAUUUAUUAAUCAUUGUUAUAUGUGGGGCAACACUGGUUGCAUGCAUGGUUUUCAUUCAAAGCAGUAAAAAAGAAACGAGACGGACCGAUAUGAGCUUUUAACAGUAAGCAGGUCUUCAGCGCGCACUGACCAGCGCCCUCCGGAAACUUAGGAAGCUGCUCCGACACAGAGAACUGCCUCAGGUGUCAUACUUUAUUUAUGCCACUCGGAGCACUGCUUCUCCUCACAACCUCCUAAGUUGCGGUUUCAUUGCUUUGGUGAGCAGUCUGACUGCCCAUAUCUGCCCCAAUGUUGAUUUGAUAAGCACCUACCAGAAAUGAAUGGCACCUUUGUUGGACCUGAGAUUGUUUCAGAAAAGACAGAAUUUGAGCUUAAUCUCAGCAGCGGGCUGCCUGCUCCUUCGUUCAAUAGGAGCACAGAUGAAGAUGUUCUGCAGCUCCCCACCUUCUCUACUGCUGCCAAGGUCAGGGUGAUCAUCACCUUCAUCCUUUGUGCCAUCUCAGCGGCCUGCAAUGUUGCCGUGCUCUGGGCCGCCACCGUCAACAAGCAGCGGAAGUCUCACGUCCGGACGCUGAUUGUGAACCUGACCACAGCCGAUCUCCUGGUCACUUUAAUUGUGAUGCCGCUGGAUGCCAUCUGGAACAUCACUGUCCAGUGGCUGGCUGGAGACACGGCCUGCAGGAUGCUGAUGUUCCUGAAGCUUUUAGCCAUGUAUUCCUCUGCUUUCGUGACGGUGGUUAUCAGCCUGGAUCGGCAGACUGCUAUCCUGAACCCUCUGGCUAUUAACAAGGCAAGAAGAAAAAGCAAAGUGAUGUUGACCGUGGCUUGGGUGAUGAGCGUGCUCCUGUCGGUCCCUCAGAUGUUCCUGUUUCACAACGUGACCAUCACUGUUCCACAGAGCUUCACUCAGUGCACAACCCGUGGCAGUUUUUCCCGACACUGGCAGGAGACCCUGUACAACAUGUGCACCUUUGUCUGUUUGUUUCUACUGCCUCUGGCCAUCAUGAUCUUCUGUUACACAAGGAUCUUAAUAGAGAUUUCCAGGCGAAUGACCAAGGGAUACUUAUCUUCUAAGGAAGUUCAUCUCCGCCGCUCAAAGAACAACAUACCAAAAGCGAGGAUGCGGACUCUGAAAAUGAGCAUCGCCAUAGUGACCUCCUUCAUCAUUUGCUGGACUCCUUACUACCUGCUGGGGCUGUGGUACUGGUUUUCUCCCGAUGGCCUGGAGGAGGCCGUCUCCCAUUCCCUCACGCACAUGCUCUUCAUCUUUGGGCUCUUCAACGCCUGCCUGGACCCAAUCACCUACGGCCUCUUCAGCAUCCAUUUCCACAGGGGGCUGAGGAGAUACCGCCACAGAGCCUCCGUCUUGGCCGACUCGGAGAACCUCACCGUCACCACUUCCUUCCGCUGCUCCACCUCCUCUUUUCCUCUGAGACGGCUGACCGCCCAGGCCCAGGAUGGACCGGGGGCCAGUGCUCAGCAGCCGCAGCAGGACAGGAAGACCUGUCAGUGCAGCAGCUAUCUCACCACAUGCCACAGCAGGGAGAAGCAGACCAGUCAGUUCAGUCCUGAUAACAUGAUAUGACGCAUCUUCACUGCUUUUCUGGCCAGUUAUUGUUAUGGUCACUGCUCAUGUUAAGACUUUCAUCGUAAUUACCAAAAUUACACCUUUGUGUAACAGCUAACAGGUCCAGAGUUGCGUACAGACCUUCCACACUCCUUUGCUCUAUGGAUAUGUUUUUGUUUUUGUGUUUCUUCUUAAGGUGACAAUCAGGUGUUGUACUGUCCAGUUAAGCACUACUGUGUGUCCAUCGCGUUCAUGUCAGGAAUCACAAAUUUUUUCCCUUCUAUGGACCAAUUUAACAGACUGAAUUUUAAGCUGACAUUUCAGUCAUGUCCAACUUUUCUUUUACCAAAUUUUCUUUCAGUCAAAUCCCCCUUCGUUUCAAAGCAAUUUUAGUGUUUUACAGUCUCUCAGGGGAAUGUCGGUUUUCUGAAUUCUAACUUAACUAUCAAAAUGUAAAAACUCACAUUAUCAACACUUUCUAAGUAUGUUGUAUUUUAUCAUUAACAGGUUAUAUUUACUUAGACAAGCACUCACCCUUAUCUACAGUCAUCUGCGUGACACUUGUUUAUUACUGUGUUUUUCGAUUAAACAAACCCAUGAGAGAGA